UUGGAUACCGACCCAAUUUUAGCUAUUUUAUAUAUCUGUGUACUCUGUGUAGCACUUUUUAUUGGAACCGUAGGGAAUACAUUGACCCUGGUUGUUUCAGCUGUAGCGAAGAACGUCAACAAAGUAGGCAAAGAGUUCAUCGUUAAUCUAGCUCUAGCGGACAUCUGUGUUUCAAGUUUUGCUGACCCUAUGUGUAUUCUAGGAGUGGUGAAAGGUCAAGCUUGGUUUGAUGAUAAGAUCUGGUUUUGUGAGCUGAUUUCCAGCGUCUGCUUGACAGCUUGUUUCUGUGCAUUCCUCAGUCUCAGCCUGGUCAGCACCAACCGCUAUAUAUAUGUUUGUCACAACAGUAUAUAUUAUACACUCUUCAAACGUAAGAUAUGCAUGGUCCUCUGUGUAAUAUCUUGGAUCAUAGCGUUUUUCUUUCAGUUUCCCAAUUUCAUUGGAUGGGGUGAUCAUGGAUUUGAUGGCAAGAAUCACCAGUGUAUCUGGGAUCGGACGGCAAAUUACUCCUACACACUCUUUGUAAGUAUCGCUCUGAUAGGAAGUCCACUUUUUCUCAUGAGUAUCAGCUAUGUCCUCAUCUUUUACCACAUAUACGAGACAAAGGUCAACGUCUACAGCCUCAACACUGAUGAUCCUGAUCGCCUGAAGAAAACAUGGACCCAAACCCUCCAGUCAUCACGAACGUUGUUCGUGCUAUUCCUUGUGUUUGUCUUCUGCUGGACACCCUACACUACCGUCAUCGCCAUGGAUGUCAAAGAUUCGUUACCAAUGGAAGUUCACUUGUUUGUCACCCUUCUGGCUCACCUUCACUCCAGCACUAGCUUCUUGGUUUAUUGCAUCUUCAACAAAUCCUUCCGUAAAGCUGUAGCUAAUAUCCUUUGUUGGGGUAAAAGUUCCACAACCUCUGAUACAAUGGAUACAAAAUCAACUGAGACCAGUAGAACAUCUGGUUUUGUCAAGAAGCCGGUUGAGUUUACAGAUUCUUAA